AUGACUGCACCCGCGACGAGCGAGCGACCCUCGCCCGCCAGCCGGCUCCCGACAGAGCUCCUCCUCCGCAUCCUCGAGUGGAUGCCGAUCCAGUACGCAGAGGAAGUCAGGGAGGACCUCGUCGCGUGGACAAUCACGUCGAGCUGCCCCGGCUUGCGCGAGAUGUCACUCGUCUGCCGCAGCUGGCGCGAAGCCGCCCAGUCCAUCCUCUUCCGCUCGAUCGACCUCGCGCGGCGGUACCAGGUGUGCGGCUUCAUCGAAGCUGCCAAGGCCAGGCCCGACCUCGCGUACAAGUGCCAGUCGGCGCGGAUCGGGAUGGCUCACGGGACGCCCGAGUGGCAUGCGUCCGAGCAAGACCAGCAGGAGCUGUCGGACCGGUUCGUCGACGCGCUCGAACUCGUCCCGAGCCUGAGGAACCUCGUACUCCGCACCCUCAUGCGAGACAGCCACGACCGGCUGAUGCACACCCUCGAACGACUCUCGCUCUCGUGCUUCCUCCUCAAGAUGUACGACGCGACCGAGGAAUUCGACGGGCGAGCGUUGAUGUUCACACCUGCCGAGAUCUACCGCUCCAUCGCACUCCCGACCUACGCCUUCGAGCUCAACUGGCGGCCGCACUGGGACCCCUUCAAAACGGACUACGCCCUCCCUCCGGGCCUCUCAACCCGCAUCCAGCGCCUCUCUGUCACCGUCAACUCACCCCAAGGCUUCCAACGCAUCCUCCGACUGGUCGACAAGUCACUCACCUCGUUCAGCGUCUACACCGAACACCCCUUUGACGCUCAAGGCGUCGUCGCGCACUUUUCGGCCUUGACGGGCUUGCGCGAACUCCGCUUCGAAUCCAACAUGCCCGCGCCCGUCGUCAAACACAACCGAUGGUUCGCAGACGUCAUUCCCGCUCUCAAGAGGCUCGAACGCCUCUCGGUCUCGGAACAGGCCGCGCCGCCGUGCUUCAUCCGCUCCCUCCCGCCGUCCGUCAAACUCGUCGAGUACAUCUACUGGGACCGCCGACCCGAUACAAUCGUCGACUCGCUCGUCGAGAUCCUCGAAGAACAAGGCGAGGGUCACAAACUCGGCUUGGACGAGUUUGUCCUCACGGUCGACGAGGAGGCGUUCGGCGAUACGGUCGGUGCAGACACGGUUGAGGACUUGACGGACGCGUUUGAGAAGCUGGGCGUCAAGUUUAGGGUCGGGUUCGAUGUCGCCAACAUACCCGAGAUGCAGUUCGUCAGUAUCUGA